AUGAAACCAUGUUGUUAAAAGGCAACAGUAAUGAACAACAAUCGCUUGUCUCCAUGCCAACUAAAUAUAGUAUGGAAUCGACAAUACCGACCAAUGCUUCAGCCGCAAAUGGGAGGCUGUCUUCACCCAAAGAUGAUGCAUUAAAAAACUCCUAGCUCUCUUCCUCGCUCUAUUCUUCCGUACAGCCAUUCAAACUUUUCAGUUGUUAUCAACCAAUAUACCUUGCAACUGUUUUUCUUCCAUUUUUCACCCCUUAGGAAGGAAACCAAGCUGCUUCAUAUUGGGGCCUUUCUUCCGGUCAUUUAUCUCCCAGAGGCGAAACUGGCUCGACCGAGAUGGCCCGCCAAACCGAGUUCCUGGUCGGGGCCUGCUGCGUGUUCGUCGCCCUGUCCAGCGUUGCCCAUGGCAUUGGCGUGAACUGGGGGGCGAUGAUGUCCCAUCCUCUGUCGCCGAGCAUCGUGGUCGGCAUGCUCAAGGACAACCAUAUCAAUAAGGUCAAGCUCUUCGACGCGGACUCGUGGACGGUCAGCGCAUUGGCCGGGACGAACAUGGAGGUCAUCGUGGGCAUUCCCAACGAUCAGCUCAAGAAGCUGGCGGAUAGUUACGAUCAUGCCAAAGAUUGGGUGAAAGAGAAUGUCACCAAGCAUCUCUACGACGGCGGUGUUGACAUAAGAUAUGUGGCGGUUGGAAAUGAACCAUUCUUGAAGAGCUACAACGGCAGCAAUACGAAGACGACACUCCCGGCGCUGGAGAACAUCCAGAAGGCGCUCGACGCAGCCGGCCUUGGGGACAAGAUCAAGGCGACGGUGCCGAACAAUGCCGAUGUCUAUGAAUCCCCUUCGAACAAGCCUUCCGAUGCCGUUUUCCGUAAGGACAUCAGAGGUAUCAUGAUAGAUAUGGUCAAGUUCCUCCGCGACAACAAGGCCCCGUUCAUGGUCAACAUAUAUCCCUUCCUCAGUCUCUAUUUGAACAGCGAUUUCCCGUUCGAUUUCGCCUUCUGCGAUGGCAAUGCGAAGUCGAUACAUGACAAGGGCACUGAGUACACGAACGUGUUCGACGCGAAUUACGACACCCUCGUCUGGGCAUUGAAGAAAGCCGGAGCCCCCGACUUGAAGAUCAUCGUCGGGGAAGUCGGGUGGCCCACGGACGGCGGCAAGAAUGCCGACGCGAAAUUGGCCCAGAGGUUCUACGACGGUUUCAUGAAGAAGAUGGCUGCGAACAAGGGAACCCCAUUGAGGCCCGGGCAUCUGGACGUGUACCUCUUCGGUCUCCUCGAUGAGGACACGAAGAGCAUCGAGCCCGGGAUGUUCGAGAGGCACUGGGGCAUCUUCCGGUAUGAUGGGCAGCCGAAGUUCCCCGUCGACUUCACCGGGAAAGGCAACGACAAGAUGCCGGUCGCGGCCAAGGGGGUCCAAUACUUGCCCUCGCAGUGGUGCGUGUUCAACGGGAACAACACUGACAAGGACGCGGUGGUGAAUGAACUAAGCUACGCUUGUGCGAACGCUGACUGCUCGAUCUUGGGUUACGGCGCCAGUUGCAACAACCUCGAUGCCAACGGCAACGUCUCAUACGCCUUCAACAUGUACUUCCAGGUACGGGAUCAAGACGUCGAGUCGUGCACCUUCAACGGCUUCGCCGAGAUCGUGACCCGCAACUUCUCGAAAGGGAGCUGCCUGUUCCCGGUGCAGAUCUUGAGCGCUGGAGACAGGCUGGGCUCGGCAUUGGGCGCCAGCCUCCUCGCAGGAUUGAUUUCGCUCUUCUCGUUGCUGUAAAGGGCUUUUUGCCAUAACACGACUUGGGCGCCAAGGAAAAACCCAAAAAGAGAGCUGAAAAAACACAAUGUAAAAGCUCAGCAUACGCCGAUUCAUGUUUCGGCUGACUGUUUCGA